AUGACUCCGGUUCCUGAGUGGAAUCCCACCACGAACGGGGAAAUCGCGCUCAAGGUUUCUUUGGAGAAGCUUGCAGCUUCGACGGAUCGCGUCCUGCUGACUCCCGCGGCACCGUCCCUCGCUAAGACCAAAGAGCAAGAGAAGCAGCAGGUAAAACCUCAAGGCCUAUGUCCUGAGUGGCAAGAACUUCCCCCAACGAAUGACGAAUUCGAUAAGAAAAUCUCCAAAGAUGCAUUCAAGCGUCUCGAGGCUGUCGACAAAUCCAUCUACGACGACACCAAAAACAUGAUGGUCGGUAUAGGGAUGACUUGCGGAGCCUUCUACGAUGACAACCUGUUCCAGAUUGUUCAGGCUGGCACUGUGGCCAAAACCUGGACCGAAGAUACCUUGGAAAACCUCCAGGCCAAGGAGGUCCCCGCCAUGGGCCUGCACGCUCAGCUAAUGCUGGGAUUGCUUGAACAAACGGCCGUCAAGAAAUCUGCUGAAGCUACAAACAUCGUUACCGCGCUACUCAAGUUUAAAGCCGACACUACACCCUUCGCCAAAAGCCUCGAGAAACUAAUCCCAAAGUACAGCAAGACCCCACUCACGUUCGACGACAAGACAGUGAACGGCUACUUGGCCUACCUCAACGCCGACUACGACGAAGCCAUGAAGAAUCUCAGUCAGGCGCUGGGAGACUACAACAGCAAGUACGAUGACUGGAAGACAGCGACGGGCGUCGCCAUCAGUAUCGGUGUGAGCUUCGGCUGGAUGCCCCUAUACGGAUGGGCCACCCUGGCAUUCGUCGCACACAAGGCUGACACCCUCCACACGGCGUGGCAGGCGCUGUGGGAGAACUACGAAUCCCUUGAGAUGGAAAACGAGAAGGAAGCCCGGCUAAUUGACUUCGUCACCACCAUCGUGGGACAGGUCGACGAUAUCGACAAAAAAAUCCAAGGCGCCAUUCAAGCCGCCGGCACGCUCAGCAGCAUGCUGCAGGAGCAGGCCGACGCGUACAGCGGCAUCAACUCGACGCUCGCGUACCUGAGCUUUUAUACCUCCAGCACCGAUCCCGCUAACCGCCAGCUUUUCAUCGAGGGCAAGCUUCAGGUCGCCAUCACCCAGCUGGAGGUCCUGCAUCCCGCUAGCGAGGGGUUCAUGAACGCUAUCUUCAACGAGGACCCGAACUUUAUGGUGCCGACGUCGCUGGCCUGAGGGCACAGAAGCCAUGUUACUGCACUGACCAAGACUGGCUUUGAUGGCAGGGUAAGAUAUCAGACACAGUGCGCAGAUAGUUUAGUUAGCUAUCGAUCAUUGAAGAAAGAAGCGGCGAACGUCUUAGUCGGAUGUUUUUUGGAUGUGAAGCCCUUGCACACUGCCUUGGGAGCCCCCGAUGGAGGUGUGCGAUUCUUUGAAUUGAAUCCCAUCAGCACUAGGCCGUUGGACCAUGAUUUUGCCCUUUUGGAAUGGUUUGCUACCAUUCCUAGCAUUAGCAGAAGAAUGCAAAACCGAAGUUUGAAUUUG